CGGGAGCUCAGUCGGUGUUGUGCGGCCUAGCUAGCUGGAAAAUGGGCGGCAACGCAAAAUUUCUCCAAUGGUGGUUGGGUAGCUUCAGGGAUGCCGCCCCCUGCUGACGUCUUUGCCAGAGCCACAUUGCAAAAGGAAUGCAAGCUAGCAUGAUCUCAUGAAGCUCUGGAAGAGAAGCACUAGGUUCAUCGAAAUGCAUUGGGAUUGCCACCCUUGUCGACAGCUGGUCGACAGCCAAGUUGCGCGUACUGCAUGUCUUCAUCAGAAGAGCUGACAUUCAGGAGGCUUUGAAAGAGUGGCACUCCAAUCGAGCUCACGCGCUCUGCUGGCAACACUGUCGAUUUGUCAACCUGCAACAGCGACAUCUGGCAGCAUCAAUUCGCACCCAGCCUUUGUGAAUCCUCAACCUGGAGCAAAAGUCCAAGAGGCAACAUGUUUAGUGGGAGCGACGAUGAUGGACUCCAGCAGGGCAGCUUCCUGUGGAACGGCGACACCGACCUGGACCUCAUGGAAGACCCCGAGCUCGUGUCGCUUUUUGACAACCUCCCCGACACCGAGAUGUCGCUCGCCGACGCCAUGCAGUUCACGGAUAGCAGCCUGAGCGACGCCGCUGCGCGGAGCCACUUUGUGUAUCUGCCAGAGGAGAGCCAGCAUGGCUUGGGCGACGCUUUGGAUAUGCAGGCGGGGGGGCAAGGGGCCAGGGGCGGGGAGGGAUUUGCGCAGCUACGGGAGGUGGCGGGGUUUGGGCAGGACACUGGGGAGCAGGCGGUGGAAGGCGCCUCCGGUCAGGCCUCGCUCGACAACCUGUUUCCAAAAGUAGAUGACGGCACAGAGCCUGACAUCCCGGCUCUGUUUGAGGGCUGGCAAUUUGUUGACACCGACACGAGGGGCGCGCCCGGCCCAUGGAGGCCUCCCGAUCCAGACGAGUUGGGGAACAUACAACCCAGGAGCGAGGACGACAGUGACUCAAUGAACGGCGACGAGCAACCCAAGCCCCCCCCCGCAUUCCUGGGAUCCUCUCAGCGCCGCCCCCCCCUGUCCAGCCCCACAGAAAUCACACGCCAAGGCGUCUCCCAACUGCAAAUACACCGCUCCAAUUCAGCGCCGAGAAACCCCCCGCCGCCCCUAACCGCUCCGAUCGUUCCUCGAGGAUCGGGUUUGCUUAACCCGGGGGGCGUGUUCACAAAUAAUCCGGGGGGCGCCCCCCGGCCCUUGCGGGGUGUGGGGCCGGGGCAAUUAGGCGUUAUGGUGACGGCGAAUGGAUCCGUGGAGGGGGGUCCUUUUGGCCCGGCGGGAAGGGGGGCACUUGGGGUCCGGAAGGGCGUGGCCAAGAACGAGAAGAAUGCGUUGAAGUCGAGGCGGCACAGGGCGAGGAAAAAGGAGCAAGAGCGGACCCUGGAGCGGCGGGUGGGCGAGCUCGAGAACGACAACCAGGCGCUCAAGAGCCAGCUGGACCAGGUGCGCGCCGAGAAGGACGCACUGCAGCGACGGCUGGAGGAGGACGGCCGGCGCGCGGUGCGCGAAGUUCAGGACGAGAACGACGCGCUGCGGCGGGAUUUGGCGCUGGUGCAACGCGCGAUGGAGGAUCUGGUGAACGAUCGUGCGGCCGGCGGGAGGGUCGACCGGCAGCGUGGGGGCGAUGCGAGCGAGGGGGGAUGAAGGGGGGGGAGGAGCGGACGGGGAAAUGUAGCCCCUGAUUUCAACAGAACACUCAUCCGAAAGUGGGCUGCUCGAGAGCAACGAACAUGGGCUCCAGGAGGAAAUAUGAUCGACGUUGAAAUAUGCUGCUUCGAGGGGAAACAUUCUGCGUGGCCUGCGGGCUGACGCGAUCCCCCCAGCUUUUGACGGCCGGAAUGAUUGGCCAACGCAACGAAGGGGAAUUCGUCGAAAAUGCAACUGACUUCUGCAAUGGGGUCUGUGCACAUUGCACCGCGAUGAGAUGUGAGUCGACAAUAAAGCUCUCUCUGCUUGGGCUGCCCAACAACCUGCAGCGAGCCUGAGCGAACAAGUGGAUUAUCGGAGGCGUCGCGGAAGGCUCCUCAGAAAACUGAUCCAGUUAUGAUAAGGCCCUCUAAGCCCGAAAUGCACUUCGCUCAGUCGAGCUCUGCCUAACAAGAGUCGGAGCCGGUGGUGGGGUGGAUGCCUCAGAGGUUGGUCAAAAUUGCAAAAUUGCCGGGGACAUUGAGAAUUACGUUUCGGUAUCUGUGUUCUCGAACGAAUCAACUCAAGCCUCUGCUUCGAUAUUGAACAGAAAACAACUUGCUUGUGGGCUCGGACGACAGUGUCGUCAUAUAAGUAGCUUUAAUACGUACAACCUGGAAUUCAUAGCUGAAGAGAUAAGAAAAGAUAGAAUAGCUCGACAUGGACCGGACAGGUCUGGAGAAUAGCCCAAAAAGUAUUGUCGGUAAAACAUGUGGACCAUGCUGAAUGUGACCCGGAGUAUUGUGCCAUCACCAGGCUAGCCAGC